UUAAAAUAUUUUUUGUUUACAAUACAGAAUUAUGUCACAACAUGCCUCAAGCGGGAUGCAUUCUUUGAGUGCACCUCUUCAAAACCUGAAGGAUGUCCAAAGAGGCCUGUGCAGGUCCGUCUCCAUCAGUGGAAACGGCCAAGACACCAGACCUUUCACAUCAUCAGCCACCAGCUGAGCUUCCAAGUCACUGGAAAGAUCAUCUUCCACCUUUUCAGCAUGAGUGGAUCCGGAACACACUAUUUAAGGCCAAUCCACGAACCGGCAAGCCAGAACUAGUGUCCCAGCUGAAGCUUUGGUGGUAUCCUCCUCAGCCCCCUUUAAUUAACACUCAGCCCCCCGCCUCACCCGACCUCUUCUUCUGUCGGCCCCUUUUCUUAUGGAUGCCGCUGAAGAUGUGGUUAUUUCCUCUUGUCUGUGGUCGCCCAGACUGUGGUAAGCACAGACUAACAGCGGCAGGACUUUACCGUACCGUGCGUAAGGUCUUGGACAUCGAUGGGUGGUAUGACCUUGCCACUGAGUAUCUGGAGUGCAAACGCUGCAAAAAGAAAUAUCCUGCCUGGUCCGAGGACAUCCUAGGACAGCUGGAUAUGGGCCACCGCAGUCAGUUUCCAGCUUUGCUGACAUACAGAUACUCAUGUGACAACCGGGUGCUGAGGAUGAUGAGGGAGAGGACACUGGGCAACAGUGUGACUCAGCUUUACAAGAAGCUGAUGGAACAGCACAGUGAGGCAUGGACACAGCGUGUCUUGCAGUACCUGACUGCCUGCGAACCAUUCACAAGGUCCUCCCUUGUGCAGCCUCCUGUGUUUCCCGAUCCUCCCCUUUUACCUGCCCUGCCUAAACCUAAGUGGCUGUUAGCUGUGUACGCCAGGGAUGUUCUGGGGCGACUGCACGAGGUCAAGGCCAAAAUUACAUCUGUCUUUGGCUGUGUUCUCAAGAUGGAUUCGACAAAAAAGGUCACAAAGAAACUUGCCGGUGCUGCUUCAGGAACAGCUGCUUGGUGCACAAAUGUGGGAAACGAACACGGCCAGGUCCUUGUCUCUGUUCUGACAGCCGCUGAGGGACAUGGACUGGACCCCAUGGCAGCUGGCCUGAUGAAACGCUACCGGGAGGCAGGAGAGGCAGCCCCAAAAGUGAUGUACGUGGACAGAGACUGCUGCAGUCAGCACGGCCAAUCUCGGGUGAAGAUCAUGUUUUCGGAGUGGGAUGAGCUUGUAGUGCGCCUCGACAUCUGGCACUUCAUGCGGCGAUUUGCUGCAGGUGUCACGACAGAGGCUCAUCCGCUCUACGGGAUCUUCAUGGCACGUCUGUCCACGUGCAUCUUUCAGUGGGAUCCAGAGGAUGUGGCUGCUCUUCGCUCUGCAAAAGAGGGUGACCUGGCGGCAAAGAAUACUGGCCACAUCUCAGGAAAGGCAGUCAGUGCGCGCAUUACCCGGAGGGAGUUGGCACUGCACUGCCGGAGGAGGACCAGGGGGGUGGAGGAGACCACCAGACUGAUUGGAUCACUGAUUGAUCAGUUUGACAGUGCGGAUGGGAAGGACACCCUGGGAGUUCCUCUGCUGGACCAUGAACGGAUCCAGCAGAUAUGGAAGGAACAGCGGAAGCACAUACAGUGUAUCCAAGACCCAGAGAACUUUCCGCUCUACAUGAAGACAGGGACACUGAAGAAAGGCGGUGUGGAGCUGUGCUGCUACAGGUGUGCUCGUGGCUCUACCUCCUUGGAGUCAUUCCACCUCCACCUGAACCGUUUUAUUCCAGGAACCAGUGCCAGCGAUGCGCAUUUUCAGGCCUAUCUCCUUGAGGGCUUGAUGCGUUGGAAUGAUGACCGAAUGGAAGACGUCAUAAAAGGAGCGUCCUCCAUCCGGUCAUAUGGCAGUGCCAUGAAAGAGGCUGUGGACCAGCUUAGCCGAACAGUCCUUGGGAAGCCCUGGGAUGAGCGCUAUCGCCCUCCUGGAGCAUAUACAGGUGAAUUGCUGGGAAUGGAGUACCUUUACAGCCAGACUGGCAAAACACUAACUCCAGUGCUCCAGAACCCAGAGGAGGAAGACCGGCUGGUGGAGGAGGUUGAUGAUCAGGACCUGCAAGAUGAGGGGUUUGAGGAAGCGAGCAUGGAGGACAUCACAGUUCCAGUGCUGUAUGAGGAUGACCCCUGCCGUGAUCUCGGAAACAGCCCCUCAUCUUUGCCUCUGCCUCAGUCCCCAGCAUCACUGGCUGAUGUGUCACUGGCUGAGCCGUCCACAUCAUCUGGAGGAGAAGGACAGCAUCUUGCCCCUGCCUCUUCAGUGUUGUCACAGCCAUCUGACACUGGAGGCAGUGUCUCCGGCGAGACUCAGGGAGCAGUCAUUGGACCUGAUGGCAUCGCUGGGUGGGACAAGGUCCAGGAUCUGGCUGGUUACCUGGUGGGUCUUCGUGAGGCUCCUUACCUCACUGACCUGCAGGUGACAGAGGUCAUCCAGCUGUGGACAGCUCUCCCUGACGUUGAUAAACAGCGGGUCAACUAUCAGCCUCGACAUCAGCCUCAGCUGACACAUGGGCGCUUUAAGGCACCAAAGCGGUCCGGAGUCACACCGGGUGUGGAGAGUGUGAAACGGUGUCUGAUUGGACAUCCUGGGGGUCCAGCACAGUGGCCCAGCACCAGCCGCUUGGUUGAGGCCAUUUGUAUGAAGCUGUGUGCUUUACACAAGUCGCCGACCAAGAAGGCUGGAGUUUGCACCCCCAGGUGGUCUAAAAUCCUUUCAGAUUACCACCACAUACGAGAGCUGGUGCUUAACAGUCGAAGGCUGAUGGAUGAAACAAUGAUCCAGCUGUUUGAGCUAAACCAGCGGACACUCAUUCAGUGGUUUCAACGGCAGCAGAAGAAUCAGGAAAUGAGUGUCCUCGCCCAGGGACUGACUCCACCUGACCCAAUUGAUGUGGCUGAUACGCAGCUUCCUCCGCCGAGGAAAAAAUUGGAUGACGUGCCAUCAACAUCAGGCCCAAAACAUCAAUUUAUCCUUCCGCCAAAUCGAGAAGGACAGGCUCCUCUUCUGCGACCAGGUCGACGGCCCGCUGCUGCCACCAGGGAGUGCCCCAUCACACCUGCCCCCACAGCAGCAGGAGUUGUGCAGCCCAUUUCAGCACCUGGGUCACUGUUAGGCACACUAGUCCUUAACCCAGACAUGACUGUGUCAAUGGUGAUUCCAUCUUCUGGUGCUUCGACAUCCGGUGCAGGCCCAGCUCCACCUGCUCCUGUGUCUGCUGCUCCUUGUCUGCUGCUUGUGUCUGCUGCUCCUGUGUCUGCUGGUCCUGUGUCUGCUGGUCCUGUGUCUGCUGCUCCUGUGUCUGCUGCUCCUGUGUCUGCUGCUCCUGUGUCCCGUUACACCGAGAGGAACAGGCGCCGACGGGCCCUGGACGGAAAGCGGAGUCCGUAAGAGGAAGUAUGUGCGAGGGGUUACUUUUAACACGUGCAGCAAAUGUGGGCAGCCCAAAACUAAAGAGUUUGGUCAUAGCCGAUAUGGUAAUGCCACAUUUUGCUCACGUGCAUCAAAUGGAAAAUCUUUAGAUGACUGGUUGGCAGAACAGCGCCAGCAAAAUAAAUGAAAAACUCUGCCUCCUCAGUAAAUAAUAUGUUUCCUGUAUACAUUUUGUAUAUAUAACAUGGUCACACUCUUUUCAUAUUGUUUUUUUUUAUAUAUAUAUAAGUACAUAAUAUCUUUCCUGUAUAUAUUUUGUAUAUAGUACAUGGUCCCACUCUUUUCAUAUUGUCCUUUUUAUAUAUUGUGUGUGUGUGUGUGUGUGUGUGUUCAUUUUAAUAAAACAUUUUUGUAUAUAUUACA